AUGGAGAUUAUUGCCUUGAUUAUGUUAAUGAUGCAAAAUUUGUUUAGAUUUGGAGAGUGUUUUGAUGAUGGUGAUUUGAUCAAGAGCUUACCAGGACAACCAAUUGUUAGGUUUCAACAAUUUGGAGGUUAUAUUACCAUUGAUGAAAUCCAACAUAGGUCUCUUUUCUACUACUUUGUUGAGGCCCAAAGUGAUCCCAAUUCAAAGCCUCUUGUUCUUUGGUUAAAUGGAGGUCCUGGUUGUUCAUCACUUGGUGCAGGAGCUUUUGUUGAAAAUGGUCCUUUUCGACCAAAAGGAGAUGUUUUGAUUCUCAAUGAAUUUAGUUGGAACAAUGUGGCAAAUGUAUUGUAUCUCGAAUCUCCAGCUGGGGUUGGAUUCUCGUUUUCUAAGAAUACCACGUUCUAUGACACAGUUAAUGACAAAAUCACUGCACAAGACAACAUUGUUUUCCUCGAACGAUGGUUGGAGAAAUUUCCAGAAUAUAAAAACAGAGAAUUUUACAUCACUGGUGAAAGCUAUGCAGGCCAUUAUAUCCCACAACUUGCAAGACUUGUUCUUCAAUCUAACCUUAACAUUAAGCUCAACGCAAUAGCUAUUGGGAAUCCCUUAUUGGAAUUUAACACGGAUUUCAAUUCAAGAGGCAAAUAUUUAUGGUCUCAUGGAGUGCUAUCAGAGUCAACAUUUGAGCUUCUGAAUUCAGUAUGUAGCAUUUCCCAAAUCACAAGAGAAGCUAUCAAUGGGGAAAUUUCAGAUGCAUGUUUAAGUAUUAAUGAUUUGGUUGGUCGAGAGAUGUCUAAGUUUAUAAAUGCUUAUUCCAUUAAUCUUGAUGUUUGUUUGAGUGAUCAAUCACAAGAAGAUGGAGGAAAGGUAGAUGUUUGUAUAUUGAAUGAAGUGAAUGCAUAUCUAAAUAGAGUUGAUGUUCAAGAAGCUCUUCAUGCUCGCUUGGUUGGAGUUUCUACUUGGACCCUCUGCAGCAGUAUUUUGGACUAUGAUUUGAGUAACUUAUUGACACCAACCAUUAAUAUUGUGGGUUCACUCGUGCAUUCUGGAAUAAGAGUUUUGAUUUAUAGUGGAGAUCAAGAUUCAGUAAUUCCAUUACUUGGAAGUCGAACUUUGGUGAAUAAGUUGGCAAAGGCUUUGAGGUUAAACACCACUCUCCCUUACUCACCUUGGUUUCACAACCAACAGGUUGGAGGAUGGGUAGAAGCAUUUGGGGAUAAGAAUGACCUAUCAUUUGCCACCAUUAGAGGAGCUGCUCAUCAAGCUCCUUACACUUCACCAGCAACAUCAUUGGCACUUUUCACUGCUUUCCUACAAGCAAAAAACCCAUGA